GGGCUGUGAGGGGGCGAGCCCGGCCCCGAUCGCGAUGGCUCUCGCCGGCAGGACGGCGGCGUGGUGGGCGCGGCUGCGGAGCCCCUGCCCCGCCGCAGCCCCGCUGUGCCGUGCGGCCUGGCUGCCCGCGGCGGGCGGGCGGCGCUUCAGCUCCCGCGGCAAGGAAAAAUUAGAUAUGUCAACAUAUCCGGUUGAAAGCAUUAGAAACUUCAGUAUUAUAGCUCACGUAGAUCAUGGAAAAAGUACACUAGCAGACAGAUUGUUGGAAAUUACAGGAACAAUUUCUAAAACUGACCGUAAUAAACAAGUGCUGGAUAAACUGCAAGUAGAACGUGAAAGAGGAAUUACAGUUAAAGCACAAUCUGCAUCUCUCUUUUACAAUCAUGAAGGCAUAAACUACCUCUUAAAUCUUAUUGACACGCCAGGUCACGUAGAUUUCAGCUAUGAAGUAUCACGGUCACUGUCUGCCUGUCAGGGCGUCAUACUUGUAGUGGAUGCAAAUGAGGGUAUUCAGGCUCAGACAGUGGCAAACUUCUAUCUUGCUUUUGAAGCACAGCUUUCAAUAAUUCCUGUCAUAAAUAAGAUUGACCUGAAGAAUGCAGACCCUGAAAGAGUUGAAAAACAAAUUGAGAAGCUGUUUGAUAUCCCUGCAGAUGAAUGCAUAAGGAUUUCUGCUAAACAAGGAACAAAUGUUGAAAAAGUUCUUCAAAAGGUCAUUGAGAAGAUCCCACCACCCCAUUGUAAUACUGCUGAUCCAUUGAAAGCCUUAGUAUUUGACUCCACCUUUGACCACUACCGAGGUGUCGUAGCCAAUGUUGCACUCUUUGGUGGGGAGAUUGCAAAAGGGAAUAAAAUCGUGUCUGCACACACAAAGAAAAGAUACGAAGUCAGUGAAGUCGGAAUUCUGACUCCAAAUGAACAACCAACACAUAAGCUAUAUGCUGGACAGGUGGGGUACCUGAUUGCUGGAAUGAAAGAAGUAACAGAAGCCCAAAUAGGAGACACACUCUUUUUGUAUAAACAGCCAGUGGAGCCUUUGCCUGGCUUUAAGUCAGCGAAGCCAAUGGUUUUUGCAGGAAUGUAUCCUGCAGAUCAAACAGAAUAUAAUAAUCUCAAAAGUGCUUUGGAAAGGCUGACAUUGAAUGACUCCAGUGUAACUGUUCAUCGUGACAGUAGUGUUGCCUUAGGAGCUGGAUGGAGAUUGGGUUUCCUUGGUCUUCUACAUAUGGAGGUUUUUAAUCAACGUUUGGAACAAGAGUAUAAUAUGUCUGUUAUUUUGACUGCACCGACAGUUCCAUAUAAAGCUGUUCUUUCCUCAGCAAAGUUGAUAAAGGAGUAUGGAAAAGAUGAGAUUACUAUUAUCAACCCUGCUCAGUUUCCUGAUAAAUUGUCAGUAUCAGAAUAUUUGGAGCCAACUGUUCUUGGUACUAUUGUAACCCCUGAUGAAUAUAUUGGGAAAAUUAUUACUUUGUGUCAGGAUCGCAGGGCAGUCCAGAAGGAUAUGUUGUACAUUGAUGAAAACAGGGUUAUGCUAAAAUACCUCUUUCCACUGAAUGAAAUUGUGUUGGAUUUUUAUGAUGCGCUUAAGUCUCUGUCUUCUGGCUAUGCAAGUUUUGAUUAUGAAGAUGCAGGAUACCAAGCAGCAGACCUAAUCAAAAUGGAUAUUCUUCUCAAUGGAAAUCCAGUUGAAGAACUGUCUACUAUCAUACAUAAUGAUAAGGCAUAUGCUGCUGGUAAACUCCUGUGUGAACGUUUAAAAGAAGCCAUACCUAGACAGUUGUUUGAAAUAGCCAUCCAGGCUGCUAUUGGCAAGAAAAUCAUUGCAAGAGAAACGCUCAAAGCUUACAGGAAAAAUGUUGUGGCAAAAUGUUAUGGUGGAGACAUUACAAGAAGAAUGAAGCUUUUAAAGAGGCAGGCAGAAAGCAAGAAGUUGAUGAGAAAAAUUGGCAACGUGGAAGUACCAAGAGAUGCCUUUAUACGUGUUCUAAAGAGAGAAACUGACAAGUAGAGAUCAAUGACAUGAUCCUUCUCUCAACUUUUUUGCAGACAGUAGCAGAGUGAGCUAAUAUAUGAUUUAUCAAUGUGAGAGGGAACAUACUUGACUUUUAAUGGUGUAAAUUAAGUAUAUGUGGGAAGAUUAAUUGAAAGGAGUGCGUACUUAAAAUGUACAGAUACAUGUAGAUUAUUAUGAAAUUAAAGUUCACUUGACUGAAUUUUCAUUGUAUCAUUUUCAUUGUAUUUCAAUGUUUUCAUAUUUCAAUACUUAAUGUUUUAUUUUUGCAUUGCAAGUCUACAUAUGAAAGAACAGGAACCAUAUGGCAAAAAGGUUAUAAAAGUAACUGAAAGGUAUGUAUAGACAAACAAUACUGUGUUGGUUUGGUUUUUUCUUGUAAAGUUUUAGCUGUUGCCAUAACAAUACCAAGCUGCUUCCUGUUUUACUUUUUCUAAAGUUGCUGCUGUCAGGAAAUCAUCAUCAUGCUGGAAAAUUACAUCAGAAAAAAAAAAAAAAUCAAAACUUUUUUAAUGUACCACACUGCGUAUUUUAAAUACUUGUUGAAGUGUGUAAGUUUACCGUUAGUACAGCCUAUACUCAGCUCCAGAGAAAUCAUAAGUUUUAAUAUAUUAAAACACAGGAUAUGUAACUGCUGCACCAAAAGACCAAUUCAAGCCUUAAAGAAUUCUUUUGGCAUGAAGGUUUGGUUAGAACACGUCUUUGUGUACUUGGUGAAGUUUUAUUUCUAUUGUUAGCGAGUCGUCAGUUGAAAGCUGCAGGGCAGUGUGCUUUAAAUACGCGCUGUACACAAAGCAGUCAUAAAUGCAAGUUAAUGACCCUGCUAUAUACUGUGUUUACAACUGCUUGCCCACCUCCAAAAGCUUUUAAGACACUCUUCCAUGCUUUUGUAAUUUCACAGAACCAUAGAACAGUCCAGGUUUGAAGGGAUGUUAAAAGACCAUCUGGUCCAACCCUUUAUGUGAAAGGUGAGCAUAGAUGAGAAUCUACUACAGCCUGAGGCAAUAACAUGAUUUGUAAUUAAGGCUACCUGCCUGUCAUCUAGGUGAAGAGUUAAAUUCUUGAAGUUCUGCUUUGUUGCACUUUCUCUCAGUGAGUAUUUUACACAAGGACAUGAUCCCACUGCUCCCUCCAAAAAAGUCUAAAUCAGUGAACUCU